AUGGAUUGGAAAUCAUCACCAUUAUUAACAGCGUCGACAGAGGAUGUGACUCAGAAUGAUAACUUUAACUUGGAGGAUGAGGAAGUGACUAUGUCACCAAUGGAUCAUUUGGCCGCAGCAGGUUCUUUCGCAGCAAACAUUAGGAAACAAAAGUUGAAUGCCUCAGGAGGUGGCAAAAGUCCUCCAACACCUCCACCACAAUCAGCAAAGCCAACCUAUAUCCAUCAACAGCAGACAGAUAUACCAUUCAACCUGACAUUAUCACCUCCACCAAGGAAAGCUAGUAAUAAUGGAGGUGGUGUUUUAUCAAGAUCUGGAUACAUGUCAACACCACCUCCAGUCAGUCCACCUCCAGUUCCAGCCAGGUCCCCACUUAACUCUAGCACAUCGAGUCUCACUUCAACAUCACCAUCACUACUAUCAUCAACAACACCAUUAUCAUCAAGUGUAACAACUACACCAAGGACAAUGAACAAUACACCAAGAUCAUCAACCACUUCAACAGAGUCAUCGCCAAGGACUUCGGCUAACUAUUCAAACUCACCAAGAACAACAAUUGAUGGUCAACCAACCGUUGAACCCAAGAAGAGACCACUUGUACCUGCAAGGAAGGAUAGUGGACAGUCCGCAGGUAGUCCUUGUACUAGUCCAAUCAAUGAGAAGAUAACGAGGUCUUUGUCAUCACCAAUACCAAGGGCAGGAUUCAUUGGACUGUCAAAACCAAAGUCUAUGACAGCAAGCUCAACGAUGAAUGCAAAGAGAUUCCUGAAACAUGUACUAAAGGAUGCUGAUGACAGCAGUGACGAGGAUGAUGAAGAGAUCAUUAUAUCAGCUCCACCAAGUAUCCAACCAGAUAUAUUCACAGCACCAGAGUCUACCAACACAACAUCACAUCCACAUGAGGAAGGAAUGUCACAACGAAACUAUCAAGUACAAGAGAUAUUGGCCAGUGAGAAGAAGUACAUCAACAACCUAAACCGAAUAAUGACUAUAUAUUUGUUGCCACUCCGAGACAAGGCAACUACAAAGGACAAGAUUAUAUCUAUUGAUGAGAUCAAUCAGAUCUUCUCAAACAUUGACUUUAUAUUCAACCUUCACAAAACAUUCUUGGUGGACUUCCAAUCUAGGAUAGCUGAUAACUGGUCUGAUACCCAAAGAAUCGGAGAUAUCUUCCGUGGAAUUGCACCAUGUUUAAAUGCAUAUACUAUAUACGCCAACUCAUUCAAUCAAUCAAUUGUAUUACUCAAUAGCCUACAGAAGUCAAACUCUGUCUUUAAAUCAUUCCUGGCGAAAUGCCUUGCCAAGCCAUCAUCUAAGGGACUCAACUUGUCUGGAUAUUUGAUCAUGCCAAUACAGAGAAUACCAAGAUAUAGAUUGAUGUUGGAGAGAUUGUUGACAGAGACAUCUUCAGAUCAUGUUGAUUAUAAUGAUUUGACAGAGUCGUUGAAGGACAUCAAUGCAGUGGCAGUCAAGCUGGAGGAACGAAUGGAGCAAUUCCAAAUCAAGAACAAGGUGUUGGACAUCCAGAACAACCUAAUAGGCUUUGAAGGAGAGUUUAUCAAACCUUCAAGAGUGUUCUGCAUGGAGGGCGACUUGAAGAAGAUAUCGAACCGCGUAGUGAACACUCGCCACUUCUUCCUCUUCAACGACCUCCUGAUAUAUUGCCAACGCGAGGGUAAGAACCAAUAUCGUUACAAGCAGACGCUGCCCCUGGAGAAAUGUUGGGUCAAGGACAUACCAAGCACGGCAAGGUUUGGACAUCUCUUCCAGAUCAUCGAGCCCACCAAGACAUACUUCUUGAACGCACCAUCAGAGUCGGAGAAGCAGACAUGGAUGAGGAAGUUGAAUGAUGUCAUCAACAAGUAUGUGAUCCAGAUCAACUACCAAGAACAGCGUCAGAGUCUCUACGAGAAGAGAGGAUCAACCACACCAAGAGAGGUACUCCAGGAGUUGGAGGCACUGCCCAAGGACCAAGAGGGUCCCAAUCCAACUUGGCUCAAAGAUCAACUCGUCAAGGAUUGCAUGACAUGCUCGGCCAGCUUCACAAUGCGUCGGAGAAGGCAUCAUUGUAGGAAGUGUGGAAAGAUAUAUUGCACUGAAUGUUGUCCAAUAACUGAUCUGUCGCAGUAUCUGCCAGGUAGGAAGGUGCGACUGUGUAAAGGAUGCUUCGAGGAGAUAUCAGUACACAUCGAGGUGAUGAUGCAGAAUCAAUCAAUCUCGGAUGGUGAGCAACAACAUUGCUCCUCCGAUCAAUCAACAUACGAUCACAGUAGCAGCAGCCCAUCAACAUCAGUUCGACAUUCGCGUAGCUCACAAUACUCUCAGUACUCUGCUGUUGACCUGGAAGACCAGCAACAAAUCGUUGAGGAGACGGAGGAGGAUCACCAAUAUAUUUAUGAGUAG